CCUCCAUUCUUUCAGGUGCAUAUGCCACUUGCCAUCAUCACCUUCGUUACACAGCACCUCUUCGAUUGAAGGAGAAUGCGACGAGGCUCAUAGAGCGACAUAAUAAAGAUGGCGAUUCGAGAGGACAUCGUCGCCUCGGCGCAAGCUGACAGACUUGUAGUCCUGCAAGACCCGAGCGUAGCGAGUUCGUCAAUCGAGAACCGUGUGUCUUUUCUGCGGACGAAGAACCUUACUCAAGAAGAGAUCGAUGCCGCUUUGUCGAGAGUCGGCGUCCAGCCCGCUGCGGCUGCUGCGCCGGGUCCGAUGGCGGUAGCUCAGCCGCAACAACAACCUUAUUAUCAGCCUUACCCUCCUCAGUAUGCAGCAUGGCAGCCGCCGCCGCCGCCUCCGAAGAGGGACUGGAGAGAUUGGUUCAUUAUGGCCACUGUUGUCGGCGGUGUCAGCUACGGCGCGUACACAUUAGCCAAGCGAUAUGUGUAUCCCCUAGUUGCACCCCCGACCCCUGAGAGGCUUGAACAGGACAAGAAAUCGAUCGAGGAGCAGUUUGACAAGGCUUUCGGGCUUGUUGAGCAACUUGCCAAGGACACAGAGGAGCUCAAGGCAGCAGAGAAAGAACGAACAGAGAAGCUCGACACGGCUUUGACGGACCUGGAAUCGAUUAUGCAGGAGCUGAGGUCGGCCAAUACGCGGCGGGAGAUUGAGACGCAACGCGUCAAGGAUGAUGUGCAAAUCCUAAAGGACUCCAUCCCAAAGGCCAUGAACACCCAGAAGGACCUUACCGACUCGAGACUGAAGGAAGUUAAUUCCGAGCUUACUAGCCUCAAGACCCUGAUUACCCAGCGUAUGAAUGCAGCAUCAUCUUCGGCAACCACAAACGGUCUGCGGACUGGCGGGAACGCGACGCCCACGUCUUCUGGACCGAACCGCUCUGCCGCCCCGGGGGGCGACAACCAGUCGGCUAGCACCGAGUCAACUACCAACUCUGAGACGCCGAAGACGACCAGCACGCCAUCCUUCAACCGGCCCUCGCCGUUCAGCGGCGCCACGGGAACAAAGGCAUCGAUUCCCGCGUGGCAGAUGGCCAUGGCUAGCAGGGAUAAAGACUCUGCAGCCUCUUCGACAACACCGAACGAAACCGGGGCAGAUAGCAGCCUGCAGCAACAAUCAGCUGGAACUGCGUAGCAGUACUGUAUUGGGCUUCGAGGUGGACGUGUUCAAUGUAUAUGUAAACGGUGUGAAUGAUUUCAUUGCGCUACGAAACGAGGGAGCGACCGACUUAAUUAUGAAAUUCGAUUGGUAGGCGCAUUUGUACUAAACAAGAGCAUUGGAAAACUAGUAUCAAAGAAAUACCACAAAGUUUCUAUCUCUAA